AUGUCAGAUAAGAAGGCUACCUACGCUUCGUUCAAAAAUAGCGAAGCAGUCAGUCUGUCCGCAGAGAGCUAUUAUCAAGCUCGUACCAAAUGUUUUGCUGCAGAACCAAGAUGCAAACCUCUCAUGUUCGACCAAGACUAUCAUAUGCAUCUAUGGACCGAUUCAAUGGGCGACUGGAAACAAAUUUUCAAUGUCACAGUAACAUCUGCAAGCGGAAGGCAAACCACAUGCUAUGGUACGGAUGGCAACAUGUUCGCCACAUACUACGGAUCAAGCAGUCGUUGGCAUCCUCAGUAUAAUGGAACUAUCUGUCGUGACGGCAAAGUCGGAGCAGAAAUAGCGACAACCCUCCAGGCCGACCUUGACGCCACCGGAGAAGAAAAGGCAAUAUGCAGAUCUGCAGUCGCAGUUGGAUGGAUUCGGGCUACGCAUCAUUACUGUGAUGGACCACUUGGUGCGAACCAGUUUCCGCGAAGACAACUCAUGACAGACCCGAACGUGGAUCAGGAGACUGCUUAUCCGGGUUUUUACUAUCCAGGUUUUGAAGAUGCUGCCAGCAACAACACUUUCCUCAUGUUGUGUCAGCCAGAGAUCCAAGUCGGCGAGGCUACCGUACUGGUCGACAAAACGGGCAAUUUGAAAGAGCCAGCAAGAGAUCUCGCACCCGAUCAGGAUCAAAGCUCUCAAGCACUUGACAAAUACUUCUCGAACGACGGUGCCGAACUCAUGUCACGAUCGAGCUUAUUCAUCUUUCGAACUCUACAGCCUAGGUGGCACAACGACACCUUUGCCAGCGAGUUCAUUCACUACUUCAUGAAUCGAGCUGAAGGAUCGCUCAGGCUGACGGACCCAAACAUGCCACUACCCACAUUCGCAGACGUGGAGACGCCAAUGAACCAAGCAUACUCACGACUCUUUGCCAUUUGGCUCGGUGUAAACAGGGAGCUUCUUUUCGUACCGGCAAACAACACAACAACGCCACAGGUCUCUGGCAUCGUCAUAACACCUGAAGAACGCCUGCUAUUUGUCACUCCCCUAUUCAUCAUCUCGGAAUGUAUCCUAAGCAUCUACAUCAUCGUUUCUCUCAUCGUCUACUUACGCCGUCCUGGUCGCUACCUCGCGCGCAUGCCUACCAGUCUCGCUGCGAUUAUCGCGCUCUUUGCUUCAAGCGCUGCUGUCAAGGAUCUACGCGGUACAGCUCACAUGACGAACAAGGAGCGCGAGAAAUACCUCAAAGAGUUGGGCUGCAGGCGGUGA